AUGGUAUCUGAUCGAUAUUCCGUUCUUGUGAACGAUCAUGAAUUCCUCGGAGAAUCAGUGCUUGAUGAGAAAUCUGUGUUGUAUUUCCGAGAAGACGAACGCUUGACUUUGAAAUCUCAAAACAUUUCGAGUGCGAUGGUUCAGGACAGUUUGGACGGUCUUGUAGCCCUAGGCAAAUCCAAAGAUGGGUUUGUUAAACAUGCUUUGAGACGGCCGGUAUGGCUCAAAAUCCUGAAGUCGAGGCUUUCAAUCGACGCCAACAAUGUUAGCGAAUCUGAGAAGGGUCUAUCGGAGUUCGUGACACAUAAAGAUGAACAUCAGGUUUCGCUUGACGUCAAACGUUCUUUUGGAGACAUAAAAGAUGAUGUCGCCAAAUCGUUUUUGCGCCAAGCUCUAGAACAGACAAUCACUAAAGUGCUCAGAAGAUUUCCUCAGCUCAACUAUUACCAGGGCUACCACGAUGUUGUAGCAGUUUUCGUGCUUGUGUUCAUGCACACCCACAAGGCCGAUGAAGAAGCAGAACUGAGUGACUCCACCAGCGGAACCCCGUCCACCGACGGAUCUGAUUACCACGAGACUUUAAGUUCAAGUUCAAUCUCAACUAAACUGGCCGAUGAUUCUGUCCUUUUCAUAGAUAGCGACCAGCUGUUUGAGUCCGUGAUGAUAUUCACCUUGCUUUAUUUAAGGGAUUUCAUGAUGAGCUCGUUGGCCUUUACGAUCGACCAAUUAGUGCUCAUUCCACUUAUUGUGAAGGACAAGGAUCCUCGCUUUUACAGGACUUUCCAACUGAAUGAGAUAGACCCAUUCUUUGCGCUUUCAUCGGUCUUGACUUUGUUCUCUCAUGAUUUGAGGCCCCAAAGCAACGAGUCGCUAAGCAUCGUUUUUCAGAUUUUUGAUCUUGUCAUAUCGUCUAACUCAAUGAUGGUGCCGCUUACAGUCUACAGCAACUUACUACUUGCAAAGAAAGACGAUCUUUUGACCAGGUUGAAAGACAAUCUCGAUAAUUUUGAAAACGAUACUGAUUUGAUCCACGGUGUCAUACAACAAGAGAUGAUCGUCGGGUCUAGUGUGCAACUUUGGAACGAAGUUCUUGAGACCACUCGGAUCGCUAAUAGCAGCAGUUUUCCAAAUGCGAAGAAAACGGUAAACAAGUAUAGUGUGCUGUUGACUGCCUCACAUGUACCCACGACCAUUGAUCAAGCGUUAAGCUGGUUAGCGAAGGAAACUCGAUUGAACGAAAUGAGAUCCUCACUCGAAUCAGUGAACAAUAAGGCAAAAACCCCAUCACCGGCUAUAUCGAGGUGGAGGCUGAUAGCUCGUAGCGCCGGCCCUAAUUUGAUCAAAAUGUCUCUAUUUAUAGGAGUUGCCGCAAUUUUAAUGAAAUUAUACUUACGAUCUCUGGAAGGUCAUCAAGUGUAUCCUCAAAUUGCGUUGAAGUCAUAUCUCGAUCAAUUGAAAUCUUUGAAGUUCUCGGGACUGAACCAGUCACGUCGAAUUUGGCUCGAUCCACUUAAAAACUUACUCAAGAAUAUAGGCAGGCCCUCUCGUUCCUAA